UAGGUCUGCAGUGAAUUAAAAUGGUAUUUUAUGGUCCUAAAUUAAAAGUGACAUUCUGGGACCUGAAUUAGAGGCACUGUAUAGAAAUGAUGUCUCAGGACACUGGGCGUGUACUGUAAAUAUUCUAAACAGGUUGAAAAAAGACAUUUCAGGCAAGGUGAGUCAGAGGUAAAGCUAGUCCUGGUGCAGGUGGUGGAAAACAAACUCCUGGUGAAGCCAGCAGUACUUAUUUUAUAUGUCAAUAGAGACUUGAAAGAGGAAAUAGCAGUUUGCAGAUCAGAACAUCAUGGUUAAGUUUAACAAAACGUUGUGCGUUGCUGGUGCCAUACUUCUCAACAUAGCAGGUUCCCUCUGUCAGUUGGAUGUUUGUGGCCAAGCUCCCCUCAACACCAGGAUUGUUGGAGGGCAGGCUGCAAGUGAAGGAUCUUGGCCCUGGCAAGUCAGCAUUCAAAGUAGCACCUAUGGAGGCCAUUUCUGCGGCGGGAGCCUAAUCAAUAAAGACUGGGUUUUGUCUGCAGCUCACUGCUUUCAGAGCGUCUCCAAGUUUACCAUUACAAUCUACUUGGGACGUCAGAGCCAAUCAGGCUCAAAUCCAAAUGAAAUGUCUAGGAGUGUGAGUAAAAUUAUCAACCAUCCAGAUUAUAACAAUCCCAAAGAUGACAACGACAUAGCACUGCUCCAGCUCUCCUCUUCUGUGACAUUCUCUGAUUAUAUUAAGCCAGUCUGCCUGGCUGCUGCUGGUAGUCUAUUGGCUACAGGUACUUCUAGCUGGGUCACUGGAUGGGGCACUCUCAAUUCUGGAGACACCCAGCUACCUGAUAUACUGCAGGAGGUGGAAAUACCAAUUGUGAGCAACAGUGACUGUAACAAUGCCUAUGGAGGUGUCAUCACAAAUAAUAUGAUUUGUGCUGGACUGUUAAAUCAGGGAGGGAAAGACUCAUGUCAGGGCGACUCUGGAGGUCCAAUGGUCAAUAAAAACAGCUCUCUGUGGAUUCAGUCUGGCAUAGUGAGUUUUGGUUCAGGAUGUGCUGACCCCAAAUUUCCUGGUGUGUAUGCGAGAGUGUCUCAAUACCAGGACUGGAUCAACUCUCAGAUAACUAGCAACCAGCCAGGAUUUGUCAAAUUUAUCUCCAGUGGAUCCAGCAGAGGCUCACCCAACCUGCUUUCUCUCACAUUCACCAUCAUCCCUUUAAUCUUCUCCGUCUAUCUCUUUUCUUAAAGAUUAGCAUAUUUUAAUAUUAUUUAUCAGAGACCUUUGAUAAAAAAGGACAAUUGUGCUGUACACACUCUUAUCAACUGGAUAUAAAUAAGGAUAUAUAUUUGUCAUGUAUUUUUGAUAACAUUUUAAAAUGUAGCAUUCUUUAAAAGGCAAUGUUUUUAUUGAGGCAUGUUUAUUCAUUUUAUAUAUUCAAAAUAUAUAAAAGAUAAGAGCUUACAAUAAUAGAGUUAUAAUCUUUUGAAGUUCAGAAUGAUUGUAAAAUCAGGGUACAGUGCACUGAUCUGAUAUUUGGCAUAAAUAUGAGAUAUAAAUUAUGCAUUUACAAUGUACAGCCAAAUAUUGUCCUUGGUCAGAAUGGUUAUUUUAAAAGGUGAAUUUUAUUGAGCGUGUUUAGGCCAACAUGCAAUGUCCUGUAAAUGCCUUAACUGGUAUUCCUUUAUCUGGGAAAGGCAAAAUACAAUUUGAGCAAAUCAUCACACCAUUCACAGGUUUGAAUCCUUGCAAUUAUUAUUUUUAUUUAUUUAAAAAAACUAGUUUAAAAAUGUCUCCAAUGAGAUAUUAAACAUUCUGAUAGUUAAUGCAGAUGAAUGGAGGAUUCGGUUUUCUGUCCAUUGACACGAACCUACACAAAUGCACUGCAGCACUUUUGUACAUAGGCAAGAUUUUGAUUUAUAAUAACACUUCCUUGUUGAAAAGACCAGCAUUACUUGUCAUCACCAUUGGACCAAGCUUUUUAACAAGCUAAACCAGCAACUAGUUAAGUUUUGCUGGUGAACAUCAUGGCUAUUGCUGGUUCAUCAGCUAUGCAAGCCAACCUUGACUGGCAUGGAAAAGAUUCAGCAGGGUUAUUAUUCCAUCUCAGGGACUAACCAUCUGUAGCCAACUGCUUGUGCUCUGCAAUGUAAUCAGAGAUAUUGUUUAUUGAAAAUGUACUUCACUUUAAUCUCUUCACAGAAACAGAAUAAUUACAUAGGAAGGAAUUUGCUUGGAGAAUGUUGCAUGCUUUUCUGUAAAGCUCCUUUGAAACAAUGCGUUGUGAAAAGCACUAUACAAAUAAAAAUCACUUGACUUGUUCUCUUUGUCUGUAUGUAAAAUCUGCAUUGUCAAGCAUUUAAAUGAUGUUGUGUGGAACAUGGUGUCAAAUUACACUGUUAGCCGAACUUGAC